CACGCAAAAUUGCGGUGCGCAGAGCACACAAAUACAUCAACAGCUUCGUUGCUUGCCUAGGCAGCCCUCAGCACAUCUUCAGAGAGUCCUGUCACCGUGAAAGAGUCUGCCAGACUCUUGCUCACGGUGAGGCCCGACGCGUGGGCUUGCGCAUGGAUUGAUUAGGGCACCUUUUCUCCAUGGCCCCUAAUGGCGUCUUGGGGCAAGGAUAAACCUGUCUAUCCUUACAGGACGGCAACAAGCACCCGCACCCUGAAGAAACGGAAACGAACAACCAACUCCACCUCUUCAAAAGAGGAUCUGAAUGCAGGGAGGGUAUGCCAAAAAGUGACCCAUUGCUUCAAAAUUGACCUUGAGAAACCCUCACCUGAUGGCCCAUUGAACAACGAAUAUGAGCUGGAUGUCCCAAGAGGUACUCCAGGGUGCUCAGCAGCUCCAUGUGGUUACGCUUAUACUACUGGGAACGAGGUGCGGGAAAAAGCUGGGCGCCCUGGAGAUUUGCCCGUUCACCCAGGAUGGUGGCGUGAUGUUGGUGCAACUGUGGACGAAAGAAUCGUCUCAGACGAUGGUGGCCCGGACUUCCAUUGCAAGGUCACUAGUAUCGAAGUCAGACCUAACGCCAACACUCAGGAAGACUCGGACGGGUCAGAAGAAGAGAGCGAAGACUCAGACUCCGAAGAGGACCGUGACGCUGAAUAUCUGUGUACUUCUGAUGAUGACCAGCCAGACCGCUCCUCCUCUCAAUUAGCAUCUAAGAUGACUGUGACCGUAAGCAUGAAAAGGAUCUUUACGGAAAGAUGGUGGAAUGCAUUCAAACGCUCAAAAGAGUUGAAACCACAGUCUGCGCUGCUUGGCGAAGCAGAAGCAAGUGGGGACGUCUACUUUGUUACACAGGAUGGCGCAACAGUGGCUGCUCAUUCCGCAGCGCUGUUGAGCGUGCCCUACUUCUCGACUAGAUUGAAGCAAGUUUGGGAGGGGCAACCUCGAGGCCCUGGCCACAAGCUGAAAGUAGAUGUGCCAUGCCCUGCUGGCAAGUCCGCUUUGGAGGCCUUCUUGUACUACGUCUACGGAGACCGCCGUCCUUUGUACCGCAUAACCCCAACCAGGGCCGCCAGAUUACAGGAGCUUCUCAAGCUGGCGGAUGCAUGCGAUGUGCCGCAACUGUGCUCCGACAUAGAUACCUUUGCGGUGGUGACCAAAGAGAAUGCAAGGUCGUGGCUUAGUUGGCUCAGAGGAAUGCACGGGAGCAAUCUCAAGGUCAAAUUCAUCCGAAGCGCAAUGGUUGAGAAACUAAAAGAAGGCUUUAUCGAAGAAAUCAAGUGGGAAAGAUUGACGAAUGACCAGCUAGCCGAGGUCACUGCUUUGCAAGACGGACUAAAAGAAGAACGUUCGAAGUAGGGGCCAUAGCGAAGGCAAUGCUUGAUACCGUGUUUGAUCCCGUGUUCAUGCAGAACUCGUGGAUUUGAAGUAUUCUUAAACGGC